AUGCGCAUUCUUUGCCGAGGAAUUGAUCUCGAUCAGGUAUUCGAGAUACAGACAGCUGCGAUCCGAUAUGAGCUUGGAGAUAACCACGUCUAUGAUUUUGUUGAAGGAACCGUUCCGGCCAGGAUAUAUCCCGGUGUCGAGUUAAUUUCCUGGAAGGAUGAGCCGAUGUACGCGUACUUUGAUGAUCAAGAUCCAGAUACUGGCCUUGCGGCCUAUCGUCACUUGGAGCAACAUCUCUGCGACGAAGGCCCGUACGACGGGGUGAUUGCAUUUAGUCAGGCAGGGACGAUGAUCCUAACCUACCUGAUUCACCUCGCCAAGAGAGACCCACGGGCAGAGAUGCCGUUCAGGUUUGCAAUUAUCCUGUCUAUCACUCACCCGCCGCUUGACUAUGAAGCCCUGCAGGAAGGCCGGGUGGAGUGUAUAGAUCUUCAGAAAGCGGCAGGAAUCAUCCCGAUCCCGUCUGCCCAUAUUUGGGGCUCGCGGGAUGAGGCUGCCAGUAAGGUUGCCACGUCAAAUAACUGCAACAGCAUCGCGCUGAGUCUCUUCCUGGCCACGGCUGAGAUCACGAUAAUUAGCACAUCACUCGUCACUAUUGGCGAUCACCUAGUGGGGCGCGAACAGGGCACAUGGAUCAUCACAUCUUACCUUCUCACUUUCACCGGCUUCCUCGCUAGCUGGGCUAAGUUCAGCGAUGUGUUUGGUCUGAGAAUAGCCUUGCUCAGCUCCGUGUUCCUGUUUAUUGCUUUUUCUGGUGGCUGCGGGGCCGCACAAAACAUCGACCAGUUAAUCAUAUUUCGUGCUCUCCAAGGAAUUGGUGGCUCUGGAGCCUUCUCAUUGUGCCUGUUUGGUCUGGUCCGCAUAGUACCCCCCGAGAGGUUCGAUACCGCCAGUGCCGUGGGGUCUGGUGUGCUUACUUUUGCUCUCAUCCUGGGGUCAUUGAUUGGGGGCGGCAUUAGCAGUUCUGGUGCUUGGCGUUGGAUUUUCCUUUUCAAAUCGGGCGGUCAUCUCCGUCACGCGCAAAGCCAACUGCGGGAAUUUCUAAUCCAGGCCGACUCGGUAGGAUGCGUGCUUCUCCUGGCAUUCUCCAUGCUGUUGGUGGCUGCACUCGAGGAAGCCAAGGUUCGGUAUGCCUGGUCAUCGGGGCUUAUCAUUGGGCUUUUGACAGGCUCAGGUGUACUUUGCGUAGCCUUCCUCGUCUGGGAGUUGCUCCUCAGCCGAGCGCACAUACGCAUGGAACCCAUGCUCCCAUGGCGACUGUUCAAAGACCGAGCAUUGGUGGGAAUUGUCAUUAUCCGCAGAGGGUUCUUCCUGACCGGGCCUGCCGUCACAAUUCUGUAUAUUGAGCUGCCUCAGCGAUUCCAAACCGUCAAUGGCUAUCGUGCAAUACAGUCCGGGCUGCGAGUGCUUGCCUUUGGCGUUGGUUCCCCCGUGGGGGCCAUUUGCUGCACUAUAUUGGCUGGCCGACUGCGCACCCCGUUUGUAUAUCUGACCCUGGUAGGGUCCGUGCUCCAGAUCGCGGGGUCAUUCCUGCUAUCAUCCGUGCCCACCACGAUCAAUGUGUGGCCGGGCCAGUACGGGUACAUGGCGAUGACAGGGAUGGGGACCGGGAUCUCGAUCGCUGCUCUGUAUAUGUCUCUUCCGGUAGUGGUCAGCGGACGUGAUCUUUCAAUCGCAAUGGGCCUGACGCUCCAGGCGCGCAUGCUGGGAGCUUCACUAGGCGUUGCCAUUGUCAAUAGCAUUCUGGUCACUUACGUCAAAGGUCAUCUUUCCCCGGCUGACGCUGCAGCGGAUCCAAACCAUCUCGUCGGUUUUCCCGUGGAAACUCAAGACAGAAUCCGUACAGUGUAUGCGUCUGGGUAUAAUCUCCAGAUGUAUGCUGUGGGGGCAUUUGGAGCAGCGCAGUUGUUCGCGGCGGCGUUGAUGUGGAAGAAGAACCAAGUCCGGUUUGUCAAGUGA